AUGUGCAGCAGUGCAUACGGCGUCGGCUUUGCUAGAGGUGUUGUUGGGUUAUAUACGAACGCUACUGAUACGUCAAACGAAGCAGCGGUGGGCGGGACGAACUCGCCGCUGACGGUGGCUGACAUGUCCCAUUAUAUUCUUCCUCUGUCCGACAACAUUGUGCCAUGGAUGUCACACUUGCGUUUACCCCCCUUCCCCCUCGUCUCAAAGUGUAACAAAUAUUUGGACCCCCUCCCACCCUGGAAGUGUGACAUCCUUUAUGGACGGCCCACAAGUGUACAGUCCUUUAAUUACCUUUUCCCUUUCCAGUAUCAUGUCUGGCCCCCAACACAACAAACAGAUCAAUCACCUUUCCCACCAAUCAUUCAAUUGGCAAAGUCAUAUCCGGCAGGUUGCGGCUUUGGUUACGCAGUCUCACGCGUUUGUAAAGCACUGCUCGUUCUCAUAGAUACAAAGUAUUGA